UCGGAAUCGGAUGGACCAAACAAGCAAUAUAAAAUCGAAAUUAAUUGGAUGAUUACUGUACAUGCCUUGCAAACAAAGGUGUCCGCACCAAGGGCAUGCAUAUAUGCAUAGGUGCGAUUGGGGUCCCCUUUAGAAGAUUCCUCCGGGACAACUUUCUAAAAUUUAAGGGUGAAUAUUCGUCUUGUGGAUAGCUAGGAACUUCCCUUGUUCUCUAUUUAACAUUGUCCCUCUAUAAUAGGCUAAUAGCCAUUCACAUUCAAAACACCAUAUUCAAUCAUGGCUACCCAAAUUUGUCUAAGUCUGUAUAUCUCCUGCAUUAUUACACUCCUUCAUAUUAUUGUUUCCACAUUGGCUAGCUCUGAUAACUAUAUCAUCCACAUGGACUUAUCAGCCAUGCCUAAACCAUUCACCAACCAUCAUAGUUGGUAUCUAUCCACUCUUUCCUCUGCAUUGGACAAUACACAAUUUAACUUUGCCUCUUCCAAGAUUAUUUACACAUACACCAAUGUCAUGAAUGGUUUUAGUGCAAGUUUAUCACUUGCAGAGCUAGAAGCUCUCAAAACCACUCCAGGUUACAUUUCGUCCAUACAAGAUAUACCGGUGAAGCUCGACACCACACACUCACCGCAGUUCCUCGGUCUCAAUCCCCACGUUGGCGCGUGGCCUGCCGGUGAGUUUAGCAGAGAUAUCAUAGUCGGUAUGGUGGAUAGUGGAAUUUGGCCUGAAAGUGAAAGCUUUAAAGAUAAUGGGAUGACAAAAAUUCCUUCACGCUGGAAAGGCCAUUGUGAAAACAGCAUCCAUUGCAACAAGAAACUCAUUGGAGCUCGGUUCUUUAGCCGAGGAUUGCUGUCAAAAAACCCCAACAUCACCACAGCUUUGAACUCCACCCGUGACAUGGACGGUCACGGGACUCACACUUCAAGCACUGCUGCCGGGAGCCGAGUUGACGGUGCGUCCUACUUUGGUUACGCAGCUGGCUCAGCCACUGGAAUAGCCUCACGAGCCAGGGUAGCCAUGUACAAGCCGUUUUGGGAUGAAGGUGCAUACUCAUCAGACAUAAUAGCUGCAAUUGACAGUGCAAUAUCGGACGGUGUAGAUGUUCUUUCAUUGUCAUUCGGCUUCAAUGAUAUCCCCUUGUACCAAGACCCUAUUGCCAUAGCCACAUUUGCAGCCAUGGAGAAAGGCGUUUUCGUGUCCACGUCGGCCGGGAACGAUGGUCCCUUCCUUAAAACACUCCAUAACGGAACUCCAUGGGUGAUUACUGUGGCGGCCGGAACAAUAGAUCGAGAAUUCCACGGCAUUCUCAAGCUUGGAAAUGGAGUCCCAAUCACCGGCUUGUCUCUCUAUGCUGGAAACUUCUCUUCCCACCCUAUCCCAAUUGUUUUCAUGGGCUUGUGUGACAGCGUGAAGAAACUUACCAAAGUGAGGAGCAAGAUUGUGGUGUGUGAAGACACCAAUCAAACACUUUCCGAUCAAGUGUUUAACGUCGAUGCCGCGAAGGUUGUUGGGGCAGUUUUCAUAACAAACAGCUCUGACAGUAUGUUCUACUUACAGAACAGGUUUGCUUCUAUUAUUCUUAACCCAAUAAAUGGAGAGAUUGUGAAAGCUUACAUCAAGAAGGGUAGUAGUAAUUCUAAUUCAAAUUCAAAAUCAAAAGCAAGCAUGUCUUUUAAGAUGACAAUUUUGGGAACUAGACCAGCUCCUAGUGUGGAUAGUUACAGCUCUAGAGGACCAUCAAGUAGUUGUCCAUUUGUGUUGAAGCCUGAUAUUACAGCUCCUGGUACAUUAGUCUUAGCUGCAUGGCCUGACAAGAUUCCUGUGGUGGAGUUUGGUUCUGAUAAACUCUUCAACAAUUUCAAUUUGAUAAGCGGCACAUCCAUGGCGUGCCCUCACGUUGCCGGUGUGGCAGCUCUUUUAAAAGAAGCACGUCCGGAUUGGAGUCCUGCUGCUAUUCGGUCGGCCAUCAUGACAACCUCGGACAUCUUCGACAACACCGCGGGACUCAUCAAAGACAUCGGCCAUGGUUACAAACCGGCUUCUCCUCUGGCUUUAGGAGCUGGUCAUGUCAACCCCAACCGAGCACUUGACCCGGGACUAGUUUACGAUGCCUGUGUUCAAGAUUAUGUCAAUCUUCUAUGUGCUUUGAAGUUCAGCCAGAAGAACAUCACGGCCAUCACGAGAUCCUCCCACAAUGAUUGCUCUAACCCUUCCUUGGAUCUCAACUACCCUUCUUUCAUUGCUUUCUUUGGUGCCAACGACUCGUCUUCAAGGACAUCACGAGAAUUUAAAAGAACUGUGACAAAUGUUGGUGAAGAAGGAUUAGCAAUUUAUGUGGCUAGUGUUACUCCCAUUGAAGGGUAUCGUGUCAGCGUUAUCCCUAAAAAAUUGGUGUUCAAGGAAAAGAACCAGAAGCUAAAUUACAAGUUGAAGAUUGAAGGUCCAAGAAAGACAAGAGAUAAGAAAGUGUCUUUUGGAUACCUCACUUGGACGGAUGUGAAGCAUGUGGUCAGGAGCCCCAUUGUGGUCACCACCAUCAAAUUCUAAGUCUAGAUCUCAAUAUUAUGAUGUCAAGAUGUUCUUUGCAGAUGAAUCAAGUGAUGAACAACAAUAUAUUAAGAACGAAAAAUUGGAUAAAUAAUACUAAUUUCUCACUUGGCUA